AUGGCACCAGAAAAUCAACCAACAACGGGUCCUUCGAUUUUCUCGAGGGAGAAUUACCAUAUUUGGGCAAUUAAAAUGAAGGCUUAUUUGAAGGCCCUCAACUUGUGGGAUGUCGUUGAGAGAGGAGAACCUGUUGUCCAGCCAUUGAGAGACAACCCAACUCUCAGUGAUAUCAAAAAGAUUAUGGCUUGUGAGACAACCAAAGAAACCUGGGAUAAGCUAAAAGAGGAGUUUAAAGGUAGCAACAGAGUUAAUUCUGUUAAGGUCUUAGCUUUGAAGAGGGAGUUUGAGCUCUUGAAGUUGAAGGAUUCGGAUAGUGUGAAAGAAUACUCUUCCAAGCUGAUGGAUAUUGUGAACCAAAUAAGGAUACUUGGUGAAAACUUUUCAGAUCAGAAGGUUGUAGAGAAGAUCAUGGUCAACCUUUCGGACAAGUUUGAAUCAAAAAUCUCAGCUAUUGAAGAGUCUUGUGACUUGACUACUCUUUCAAUAGCUGAGCUGAUCUCUAAAUUGCAAAUCCAAGAGCAACGUUUAACCAUGAGAAGCGAAGGGACAGUCGAAGAUGCCUUUCAAGUAAGGCAUAAAUUCAAGCAACAAAGGAAGGCAAAAAAGUUUCUUUAG